UCCAUGGAGAACACGAUUUCUAUCGAGCAUUUGCAAAGAUUCAGAAUAACAUCAAACCACAUAUGAUCAUCGGCCAUAAUUCAAAUGGAUUUGAUAUGCCAUUUAUCAUGCGAAGGUUAGAACGGCUUGGUAGUACAAUGAUGGAAGAAUUUUAUAGGAUAGCGAACGGUAAACAAAUGACCUAUGGGGAAAUGUUCAAAUAUAAUGUAUUACGAAAUAAAAACAUAACACUCGCCCAGGGUGAAGAUGCGAUAGAAUAUACUUAUAUCAAGUUUGACAGGACAUUGUUCUGGGAUUCAAUGACAAUAUUUCAACGUGAAUUCAUAGGGCGUCAAAGUAGUUUGAAUUACAUGCUUGAUACUCUAGAGAUCCCUUCUAAGAUCGGGUUGAGUUACAGACGUAUAGAUGAAAUUGUAUUGCUUGCUAUUGAAAUGGCCAAGGUUCAAGAUGAAAUAACCAAAUUAAAUGUUGAAUCGAUUGAUUACCAUAACAAGAUCGAAGAACUUAAUUCAAGACAAGAUAAA